ACUUGAUCCUAUAACAAUGGAUGAAAGGAAGCCUUAUCUGGCUGUGGUUCUGGUGCAAAUCAUAUACGCUGGAAUGUUCUUGAUCUCAAAAGCUGCAUUCAAUACAGGCAUGAACAACUUUGUGUUUGUCUUCUAUAGACAGGCUGCUGCAACCAUAUUCUUACUCCCUUUCGCCAUUUUUUUCGAAAGAAAAAGAGCACCUCCACUGUCAUUCCCCAUCUUCUGCAAGAUUUUCAUGCUCUCUCUAUUUGGGAUUACUUCCAGCUUGACUAUUUAUGGUGUCGCCUUAAUUUAUACAUCUGCAACGCUGGCUUCUGCAACUUCAAACACCCUUCCUGUUAUCACCUUCUUCUUGGCUGUUUUGCUCAGGAUGGAAACCGUCAAACUGAGGACCCUCUCAGGGAAAGUCAAGAUUGUAGGUGUGACACUCUGUUUGGCUGGUGCCAUGAUUCUUGCCUUCUAUAAGGGACCACAUCUGAAACCCUUGAUGAAUCAUCACCCUUUUGGAAAUCGAAACAGUGAGGAAAAUCUGGGCCUUGCACACACCACCAAGACAUGGGUGAAGGGCUGUUUCCUCAUGCUUACAUCAAACACCUUGUGGGGUUUGUGGCUUGUAUUCCAGGGACGGGUUUUGAUGGCUUACCCAUCAAAGCUUCUCCUCACAGCGCUUCAGUGCUUUUUCAGCACCAUUCAGUCGUUUGUCAUUGGCAUUGCUUUUGAGAGAAACCUCAACCAAUGGAAGCUGAGCUGGGAUGUUGGGCUUCUUGCUGUGGCCUACUGUGGAGUCGUGGUUACAGGGAUUACGUUCUACCUACAAGCAUGGUGCGUUGAGAAGAAAGGGCCCGUCUUUCUAGCCAUGUCAACCCCUCUUUCUUUUAUCAUCACCAUUAUCUGUUCGACGUUUCUCCUAGGCGAACUAAUUGCUCUGGGGAGUGUGCUAGGCGCAACUUUGUUGGCUGGAGGCCUUUACAGUGUCUUAUGGGGAAAGAGUAGAGAAGAAGCAAAUGAUCAGAGAAAGCCAACAAUUUCCGAUGAGAAAGAAUAUUGCCAAGACAUGAAGGAAUCAGAAGGACAACAUGACUCACUUUGUGUAUAAUUAAAGCAUUAGUUGAUCCAAGGGAGGGUGUUUGAUAAUUGACAAUUCAAGAAUAGAUUCAUGGUUGAGCCAUUUGGUCACUGAAAUUAAAAGAUAGUCAUGAAGCUAGUGAUUACAUGACCGAUAUACACAUUUCCAUGGUAUCUAUAUAUAGCUACCUGUGUAGGCUGCAUAUUUCGUACUUGGAAUCUUGUUGCACCACUUACAUUUAACAUAAAUUGAAAACUAGAGCUAUUAUUAAUUAAUUUGUUGGGUUUGGAGAGGAUCAACUUCCCAUACAAUAUGUAUAUGUAGGCAUCGUUCUUUUAUAUUGGAGUAGGGUGGGGAAAUUAAGCAA